AUGGACUUAGUACCAGCGCCAGGAGGGGAGAAUCCGGUCAAGAUGCCUAUGGUCGAAGUGGAGGCUGUGGAUGUCGCGGCGCCGGCCAACACGGAGACGGGCGCUUUGCAGGAGGCACUGGAGGCACUGUCCGACUUCGGAACUGACAGCGACAACUCAGAUGACGAUGACGCGCUAUCUGACGAUGGGGAUAUCAUCCAGUUUGUGCGUGAUGACCAGCUGCAAGAUGUUCCAGGUGCCUGCACCCGAGAGGAAGCGGUGGCAUACCGGAAGCGCCUGCAUGAUAUUGGCAAGGCAGCUUUUGUUGAAGAGACUCUCAUCCAAGAAACAGUGACUGCGAAGAAACUAUGUACAGCUUUUGGCAUCAAGUUGCCUGAUUUUCUGGAGGGUGCUCCAGAUGAAGCUUAUCAUCAACUCCUUGCGAUUGCUAUCUCCAGAGAGUUUUCUCGACGGCCGAAGCUUCCUCAGUACAACAGUAUCGACGAUGCUGUGAAGUUGCUCAAAGAGGCCAAGAAUAUCAUCGUGUUAACCGGUGCUGGUAUUUCGACGAGCUUGGGUAUUCCUGAUUUCCGUUCAAAGGAUACUGGUCUCUACUCAAAACUAGCGCAUCUGGGCCUUAGUGACCCACAGGAAGUUUUUGAUAUUCAUGUCUUCAGAGAAGAUCCUAGCGUUUUCUUCUCCAUCGCAAAGGACAUUCUUCCCACUGAAAAGAAAUUUUCUCCCACCCAUGGAUUCAUCAAGCUGCUUCAAGACCAAGGCAAACUUUUGACUAACUAUACUCAAAAUAUUGACAACAUUGAAGCGAACGCCGGCGUUCUUGCUGAAAAUAUGGUACAGUGUCAUGGAUCCUUCGCUACUGCUACGUGUGUGGAGUGCGACUUCAAAGUCGCCGGAAAUGCGAUUUUCAACGAUAUCAAAGAAGGCAAGAUUCCUGAAUGCAGUGCUUGUCGCCAGAGAAUCGAUGAAGAUGCCUUGAAGCCUCAAGGGCUUAAGCGCAAACGGAGCUCAAAUGGCAACCAGAAGGAUCGCAAAGACGAUGAAAGCUCUGAUGAAGAUGACUAUGAUAUCCCUACCCCUGGUGUGAUGAAGCCCGAUAUUACGUUCUUCGGUGAAGAUCUCCCAGACGAGUUUGGUAGUCGCCUUGUUGGCCACGAUCGCCAAUUAGCUGAUUUAGUCAUCGUCAUUGGAACCUCGCUGAAGGUGGCUCCUGUCGCAGAAGUGCCAGGAAUCCUGCCACGCGACGUCCCGCAGAUUUACAUAUCGCGCACACCGGUAUCACACACCGAUUUUGACAUUGAUCUUCUGGGCGACUGUGACGUGGUGGUUUCAGAGCUCUGUCGCCGGGCCGGCUGGAGCUUGCAGCACCCCAUGAUACCCCCAAAUGAGGAAGUAAAAAUAUCUCCCGUAGAUGGAUACGAAUCACGACAUGUGUUUACAGUGGUUGGCGCAUAA